AAGUCAAUAAUAGUUGUUAUUAUUAGUAGUAGUAUUAUUCCAUACUUUUUCUGAAAGAAAGAAAUUCCCAACAAAUUGGAAAAUUUUAAUAUCACUGAUUUACUGCUUGGUAGGUGAAAUUUUUCCUUUCGAGCUUGAAAACUUUAACCCAGAGACUCUUGCCUCUGAUGAAUUUCUGCUACAUGUUGAUUCUUUUCUUUUCCUUUUCUUUCGUUUACAUCUAUUUAUUUACUUAUUGAUUUUUGGCUGUUCCGAGCCUCAAUUAACCUGUUCUGUUUCCUCACAGGAAGAACGAAAUUGCAGCUCUGCGACGGUUUCAAAUCACAUCAGCUCACUUCUCUACCCAAUCAAAUUUGUGCACAGAGAGCAUGCUCCUGAUUUCAAAGGGGUCCCCAUUAUCCGUCAGCUGAGAGUUCAAGCUCGAAUUCUCCAGAAAGAAGGUGACUUGGAAAGGCCGUCCACAAUGGAAGAUCUUUCUGCCCAAAAUCGCUGGAUCCCUUGGGAGGAAGUGGUUUCUGCUGUUAGCACCCAGCGAGAAAAGUUUGAAUUGACUGGUCCAAUGAAGUUCAAAGCCAAGGAAUUUUGCGAUCUCAUUAUGCUAUCCCUGUAUGUGUUCAUUCCCCCGUCACGGGGGCUGGAAAUCAGGACCCUGGAAGUGCUGUCAGGGGAAGAGGCCAGGAACUUCGACCCAAAGACCUCAGCUGGGAAGAAUUACCUGCUUGUCAAGGAUAGUGGGGCUAUUAUCCUCCACUUUAACAAUUACAAGACCAGAAAGUUUUCUGGACGAGAUGAGCUGUCUCUACAGCCCGAAGACGAGCUCUGUCGACUUUUGUUGUCGUACAUAAAGGAUUAUCGGCCGCAUUUGGUUACAGAGUCAAGCCAAAGCUACCUACUGCUGGUAAGGUUUAACCUGUUUUGACCAAGUUACCAAAUGAUAUCCUCACAUCUUGUGUAAGUUAGAUUUCAACCUCUGGACUUUUGGGGUGAGGAAAUUGAUCCCAGCCAAGGAUCCUCCCUAACCCUAACCCUAACGUUGAGGCAUAAAGCUGUUUAAUCUUCUCGUUUCACCCCCAUUUCGAUACCAAGAGUGGUUUUUCUUAGAAAUUUCAUCCUUCAAGGGUUGGUCACAGUCAGCUUUCACCCCCAAAAGCUCUUUCAGUAUGUAAAAUUCAGUGACAAUUUCUACGGUGGGGUGUUUUUUUGGCAGAUUCAUCCUUGCAGGGUGUGUAAAUUUCAAAUCUUACCCUUAGUUAGGAAAUUUUCAUAUCCAGGGUGGGUUUUCUGCACCUAAUUUCACACCUUUUUGGGGUGAUUUCAAGUCAAACAACAUUUCAGUGAGGCAAGCCUGCAAAUAACAGUCGGUCAUUGGACAAUUGUCUGGUAAAUUUGAGGUUUUGACAGGUAAAAGCUUAGCCUGGUUGGACACUCUGACCGGACAUUUCCGCUAAAAUGAAAAAUAUUUUAACUGGAAAUUUGUGGCUGAAUAUGGGACAACUUAUUUUGUUAUACUGCCACACAAU